GCUCUCUGCAGCGACUCAGUGGGCGCGAAUGUAACUCCUAUAACUCUGGUAAGUCACUAGGGGUUGACAAUAUCGAACAAACAGAAAACACCAACAGAGCUCCAGGCAGUGAUGGCGUGAAUCGGCUUCGAGGAUGUUCGCUGUCUCCGUUUUCCUCUAAAAGGAGAGAAUCUGGUCCGGGCAUCAGCGGGGAAGCCCACAAAGGUGUUGGGAAGCGAAGCGGCCCGGAGAACUGUUCUCCUGAGCUGGAGGCUGUGUCUAACUUACAACCGGGAAGCAGAGGGGUAAGAUUGAAUCCUCACCACUCUUUGUUAGAACAGACACUGAGCUCAGCCAACCCUUGAGCUCAAGGCGGUUCUGGGUGAGGACUGGGCUCAGCAACGUUUCUAGGCGCAAUCUUCAGCGGCUUCUUGGAAAGCUCGAGCUUCUGCUCUUGGGUACCACACCCGGAACAAGCGGUGCCUCUCGGGUAGCUGGCCAGCAGAACAUGACCCAGAGGCACCUGCGCGUGCAGGUGGCCUCUGCAACCACCGCAGCCACCAUGGGUAAAGCGGCUGCGGGUGAUGAGCUCUCGGAAUUCUUCAGUGUCAUCCCAGACUUGCUGGAGGUCGCCAACAUGAGCAGCAACGCGUCGCAGCUUCCGGACUUGUGGUGGGAGCUGGGGCUGGAGUUGCCGGACGGUGCGGCACCCGGGCAUCCCCCUGGCAGCGGCGGGCCAGAGAGUGCAGACACUGAGGCCCGGGUACGGAUCCUCAUCAGCGCGGUUUACUGGGUGGUUUGUGCUCUGGGACUGGCCGGCAACCUGCUGGUUCUCUACCUGAUGAAGAGCAAGCAAGGCUGGCGCAAAUCUUCUAUCAACCUCUUUGUCACUAACCUGGCGCUGACUGACUUUCAGUUCGUGCUCACUUUGCCCUUCUGGGCGGUGGAGAACGCUCUAGACUUCAAGUGGCCCUUCGGCAAAGCCAUGUGUAAGAUCGUGUCCAUGGUGACAUCCAUGAACAUGUAUGCUAGCGUCUUCUUUCUCACUGCUAUGAGUGUGGCACGCUACCACUCUGUGGCCUCUGCUCUUAAGAGCCAUCGGACCCGAGGGCAUGGCCGUGGAGACUGCUGUGGCCAGAACUUAAGGGAGAGCUGCUGUUUCUCAGCUAAGGUGUUGUGUGGGUUGAUCUGGGCUUCUGCCGCAUUAGCCUCGCUGCCCAAUGUCAUUUUCUCUACCACCAUCAGGGUGAUGGGCGAGGACCUGUGCCUCAUGCACUUCCCGGACAAGCUACUGGGCUGGGACAGGCAGUUCUGGCUGGGUCUGUACCAUCUGCAGAAGGUGUUGCUGGGUUUUCUGUUACCGCUGAGUAUCAUCUGCCUGUGUUACCUGUUGCUGGUGCGAUUCAUCUCAGACCGCCGUAUAGUGGGGACAACGGAUGGAGCCGGAGCAGCGGCGGCUGGGGGAGGCCCUAGUGCAGCCAGCGCUCGGAGGCGGUCCAAAGUCACCAAGUCAGUGACUAUCGUAGUCCUGUCUUUCUUCCUGUGUUGGCUGCCCAACCAGGCGCUCACCACCUGGAGCAUACUCAUCAAGUUCAACGCCGUGCCCUUCAGCCAGGAGUACUUUCUGUGCCAGGUGUAUGCGUUCCCGGUCAGCGUGUGCCUAGCACACUCCAACAGCUGCCUCAACCCGAUCCUCUACUGCUUGGUGCGCCGUGAGUUCCGAAAGGCACUCAAGAACCUGCUGUGGCGCAUCGCGUCGCCCUCGCUCACCAGCAUGCGCCCCUUCACUGCCACCACCAAGCCUGAGCCUGAGGAUCACGGGCUGCAGGCCCUGGCGCCGCUUAACGCCACUGCAGAACCUGACCUGCUCUACUAUCCACCCGGUGUGGUGGUCUACAGUGGGGGGCGCUACGACCUGCUGCCCAGCAGCUCAGCCUACUGAGAUCUGCCAGGGCUCAAGAGGGCCUUCCAGGGGAAAAGGAGAGGGGAGAUUUGGGGGCUGGAGGAGCUGCAAUGGAGAAAUAGGUAGGGAAGGGGUGCUACAGGGAAGAGCAAUUUGUGAAAAGGCCAGAGGACUGUCUCUGCAGAAAUUAGGUUAACGGGAUAGAGCCUGCAGCCUGGGCUCUGGCUCACCACUCCCAAGUCCUUGUCCUUUACUCCAAGUCCCACUUCCCCACCCUGCCCGCUGAACACUAUGGGACACCCAGAAGCUGGAAACGCAUCUGGGAAGCAGAAGGAUUGGGUUUCGGGUUGCAUAGGAGUUGGGUUUAGCCAAAUGAUAUCCGGACAAGGGAUCAUUUGGUCCAGCGACUUUUAUGGAGAACUUUAUUGGUCCUCAAGCAAAAUCCCGCAGCAGGGUAAGUUGCCCAUAAAGUCUGUCUUAAUGCGUUUUGAUCUGUGGGGACUGUCCCAAGUAAAGCUCUAACUUGCUGUGACUGUCGGGAAAAGAAAAUGAGAAAUAGAACUCUGGUGUCCUGUAUCAUCCUGGACAGGACUGACGUGCACAAGCUGAGCCUGAUCUCUCUGCUGUGCCUCUGAACGCAAAUGUCACCUGUGUCCCCGGGAGUCUCUAGGAAGUGGCAUGAGGUGCAAGAAAGAGCACUGUGAUUAGAGGAAAUUAAACAGAGAAACCUUUUUAUGAUUCUGCCCCUGAAGGAAAGGGGGGACUAGCUAAGAGAGCGGGAAGUGUGGUGUCUACCCUGAAAGCCUGGGUACCCAGAAUCUCUCGAGGACAGUUUGGAUACCUGGUGCUUUGGUCUAUUGGUGCAGGUGAGGCAGCAAAUCCCCUGAAAGCUCUCCUGAGUGUGGGGGUGCUUUAGCAGCCUCCCUUCCCUCUUUGGGAAUGGACUGGAGUGGCAGAUGAUGGGAUGGCUGGGUGAUGUUUGGGGCUUAGAAGAACAGUAAAUGUUGUUCAGCUGUUUCCUGGGGCAGGGAGGAGGGAGGUUGAUCUUCCCAAGGGGGAUGGGGGACUCAAGUAAAAUCUCUCCUAAAGAGAAAGAAGAGGCAGUUGCCAAGAGCAUGGCCAGACUUGUAUGAGUGAGGCUAUGCACUGUAACUGACAGGGGAAGGUGAGACUUGAAAAUUGAGUGGAAGACUAUGCUAACCAAGUCCCAGGAACUGAGUGUUUUGCUCAUUGAGUGUGCAGGACAGCCACAUGGCUGUCUCUGAAGACUGAGCAGACUCCUCAUGACAGCUCAGUUUAGUCACAGUCUAGGAUCUUAAGAUCUUCACAGAGUUCUUUCUUGAGACAACUCUGAGAACUGAGAUCAAGUAUUAAUUAACCUGCCCAUCCCUCAACCAGGACCAAUACAGACGCUACUGCUCUAUUUGGCUUCAUCUGGGAGUAAGAGGCUACUAGAGCAGGCACCUCCCACUGUGGCAUAGUCACUUUAAUACAGGGAAGAACCAUUAGAAAGCAUGGCUGCUUAAAUGGUCUCCUGGAUUAUAGGACUGUUGGAUAAUUUUGUCUAAAUAGUACUGUUCUAUGUGAGGCUUAAUACCUGGAAUAUGGGAUCUACAUACCUGCUAUCAAAGCGACACUUCUGCAACACAGUUCCAGACACUCAGAUGCCUUCCCAUGAAAAUAACAAAUUCAAAGCGAGUCCUGAGGCUUUGUUUUGAAGCAGUCACAUCAGUCCUCCUUUGCUCUUUGGCUUUAUCGAUACUGGUAUUGACCAACAGCCAGGCUAGCAACAGUUGGAAUGUGGCUCCCUAAUGCUCUGUGCUGGAUAGUUUUAUGUCAAUUUGACACAAAUUAAAGCUAUCUGAAAGGUAGUAGCUUCAACUGCCACUAUAAGAUCCCGCUGUGGGGUAUUUUCUUAAUUAGCAAUUGAUGGGGGGAGGGUCCAGUCCACUGUGGGUGAUACCAUCCCUGGGCUGGUGGUCCUGGGGUCUAUAAGAAAGCAGGCUGAGCAAGGCACGGGGAGGAAGCCAGUGAGCAGCUCCCCUCCUGACUCCAGGUUUCUGCCCUCCUUGAGUUCCCAUUCCGGCUCCUUCCAAUGAUAAACUACAAUGCCAAAUAAACCCUUUUCUGCACAA